CUUGUGACACACUUCAGAGUUGGACUUUUUGUCAGUCUUGACUCAAUCUUUUCUCGUUAUCUCCUCUAUGCAUUCAUUCAUUUAUCCACCGAUUACACGAUUACAUCAUAACCUCUUUUUCCCCCGUUGUUCGCACCCCUCUAAUUGUUUCCCUUUUUCACUCAAAACCCUAAAAAAAACCCCACAAUAUUCUUGAUUUUCCCUCAAUUUCCAUCAUAAAGUUUCUAUCUUUUUGAUAUAAUUUCGAUUAUUAUUAACUUUUAAGCAAAACCCAUAAAGGAAAUUGUAAAAAAAUGGCAAAAGUUCAUGGUGGUGGUGAUUUACCGGAUGCUUUAAGGUGUAAUAGGAACGACGGACGGCAAUGGCGGUGCCGGCGACCGGCAAUGGAAGGAAGGACACUAUGUGAAGCACAUUUUCUUCAAGGCCGUCUCCGGCAAAACAAAGAACCAGUGCCGGAAAAUUUAAAGCUUGAAAGAACAAAUGCUAGAAAGAACCCUAAUGGGAAAAGGGCUAAAAACCCGAGUGACAAUGGCUCGAAUUCGGCUCGAAAAAAGGGAAGACGGAACGAAAAAGAAUCGAAAUUCAAGUCAUGUGUUGAUUUAUCUGAGGAUCUUGAUGAUGCUUUAAGAAAGAUGAAUUUGAAAAAGGGGGAUUUGCAGUUGGAUUUAAUUAGAGGUUAUUUGAAUAGACAAAUCGAAAAGAAAAAAGGGAAUCAGUUACCAAAAGAAGAUAUUGUUAAAGAAUUGAAGUAUGGAAGAUUGGAGAUUUCGCAAUGUGCACCAUCAACACCACCUAUCACUCUCAAUAAUAUCAAAGUUGGUGUUCCUGCUUCUAGUCCUGUACCUACUAGGUUUUUCAGAUCGAAAAACAUAGAACGAAUCCCUAUCAGUACAAUGCAGCUUUUGCCAAAUAUAAAAGCUAAUGUUAAAGCUUCAACCAAGAAGUGCCAUUGGUGUCGUAUGUGUAGCUAUCGUGUACUUGUCAAGUGUUUGGAUUGCAAAAAACACUUCUUUUGUGAAGAUUGUAUCCAGCAGAGGCAUCAAGAUAAGGCAGAUGUCAAGAAACAAUGCCCUGUUUGCAGUGAAACUUGCAGCUGCAGAGUCUGCAUAAAGGGAAAAUCUAAAGAAGUCAAAAAUAAGGAGCUUGUUGUUUUUAGUGGAGAUGGGAACUUCAACAGAAGUCAACAACUUCUUUACAUGAUCGAUUUGCUUCUUCCAUUGCUUGAACAAAUAAAUCAAGAAAAAGAUACGGAGCUGGUUCUCGAAGCUAAAAUAAAAGGAAAAGAUCUCAAUGAGCUACAAAUACAUGAUGCUAUAGUCUCACCGAAACAAAAAUACUGCUAUUUUUGCAAAGCUUGCAUUGUGGAUGUUCACCGAAGCUGUGGAAAUUGUUUUUAUAUUCUCUGUUUACCUUGUUGCCGUGAUUUCCGUGAGGGAUACCUACAUGGGGGUCUUCGAGAUCUUAAAUAUGCAACAAACGAAAGACGGAAAUCUUUAUGCACGAUUUUAUGGAAUUGGAAAACUGAUGAAGACGGAAAUAUAGAAUGCCCACCAAAGAAUUUAGGCGGCUGUGGCAAUGGCGUUCUUUGUUUAAUUUCCCAUACCCCCUUUAAUUCGACUAAAGAUCUUGAAAAAGUGGCAAAACAAAUAGUUAGCAACUCCAAGUUUACACAAUUUACUGACUUUUAUUCUUCAUAUUGUGCAUUAUGUGAGGGAAGUGAGAAAACUGAAGGUGAAAACGACAGUUUGUACUUCACAAUUAGGCAAGAUCUCGGGGACAAAAAUCUUGAACAUUUUACAAAACAUUGGGUCAAAGGUCAACCUUUUAUUAUUCGAGAUGUGAUUAAGAGUGAUUUAGAGUUGAGGUGGGAUCCAUAUUUCAUGUUCUGUAUGUAUCUUGAAAGAAGUGCCAAAUCUCAAAACAAGAAAGAUGUGAAACAGAAAAGUUCGGAUUGGUGCGAAGUAGAAUUGGGUCGGCAGCAGAUUUUUAUGGGUGGUAAAACACAUGCAAAUGUGUGGCAUGAGAAGUUGAAAUUCAAAGUUUGGUUAUCUUCGGGAAUCUUCCUAGAACAUUUUUCAAGUCAUUUUGCUGCUGUAAUGCAUGCUCUGCCUCUUCAACAAUAUAUUAACCCAAUAACGGGCAUUCUUAAUUUGGCAGCUAACGUUCCGCUGGAGAGUCAAAAUGUUGACUUGGGUCCUUUUGUUUAUAUCUCAUAUGGUAGACCUGAAGAUCUUAUGGGGGGAGAAUUUUUAACGAAGUUGUGUUAUCAUGCUUAUGAUAUGGUUAACAUUCUUGUGCAUGCUACAGAAGUUCCCAUUUCUGAGAAAAAACUAAAUAAAGUAAAGAUUUUGCUGGAGAAGUACAAUUCACAAGAUCUAAAUGAACCCUCGGGGAAGAGUAAAAUUAAGAAUAAUAUUGAUGAAGCAUGUGGGAAAUCAUCAUUUAGUAGUGAAGUAACUCAACAAUCAGAGUUGGAAGAUAACACAAAUGAAGAACUUACUCAAAUAACUAAUGGUCACCCAUGUGUAUUUUCGGAUGACUCAAGGAUUGGUGACUCGGAUGAUGAAGAUUUGUGUCAAGAUGAGGAUGGAAGUUCAAAUUAUAACGAAGGGAAAGUGAUUGACACCCGUGGGGCCCAAUGGGAUGUUUUUCGUAGAGAGGAUGUUUCCAAGCUUGUAGAGUUUCUUAGGAAGUAUUCCAAUGAGCUUAACUCAUCCUAUUGUUCUCCAAAAAAGGUUAUUCAUCCGAUUCUUGAUGAGAGUUUUUAUUUGGAUUCUUUCCAUAAAAAGUAUCUUAAGGAAGAAUUUGAUGUUGAACCGUGGACAUUUGUGCAAAAUAUUGGCGAAGCCGUUAUCAUUCCAGCUGGAUAUCCCUAUCAAGUAAAGAAAAUCAAGUCAUGUGUUAACGUGGUUUUCGAAACCAUUUCACCCGAAAGUGCAUCCAUAGCCUUUAAGUUGGGUGAUGACAUCCGUCAACUUCCUGUAAAUCAUAAAGCAAAAGGAAAAAUGCUAGAUGUCAAGAAAAUGACUAUUCAUAGUGUCAAUGCCGCGAUUGUAGAAAUAAACAAAGUUCCACCAGCAGGAAUCUGCACCAAAAUUGGGGAGUAGAGACUGAGAGUUACAAGUGAGUUUGGCAUCUGACCAAUUUUCGCCACAUGAUCAGGUGCAUUUCGUCCUCCUUAAUUUCCCAUUAUGGAACCAUUUCAACAAGCAAUUACGGAAGUGCGUUGCUGGCUGAAAAAUUGCUCUUGAAAAGGAAGUUUGAGUCAAAGAUGUUCUUGAAUACUUUGGAUCGGGAUGAUAGACGAAGUUGGUGAUCGGCAAAUGAAGCUGAAAUUUGCAAUGAAUAGUCGAAAGGCAAGGAAGACUAUAUAUUAUUGCCUAUUCGGCAUACUCAUUUGCAACUUCGACUAUGAUCAAAGAUGACACUGGUGAUAUCAUUACAUGAAAAAGCAUCUCGUUUGCCUCUUGAUUCUUGGACAGGUUGAACCAAAAGGUUCUUCGUCAUUGACGCCAUUUUUGUCUUUCCUUGUUGCUGUGAAGUUUUGAUUCAAAAUCUUUAGACGUAGCAUUCUUCCUCCAAUUAUAUUCAAGUAUAUAUAUACAAGUUUAUUCUUUGCUA